UCCAGGAGCAAAUAGAUUUAAAUGAUGAAGCUACACCCAAUAAUAGAUCUACUUCCUCUUUCUCUCUUCCUAUUUUUGCUCCUCUUCCCAAAUGUUAUUGCUGACCUUAGCUCAGAUAGACAAGCACUACUUGACUUUGCUUCUGCAGUACCUCAUCUUCGAAACUUCAAGUGGAACACUAACUCUUCCAUUUGCACAUGGCAUGGCGUAAGUUGCAGCUCAGAUGGCACUCGUGUAGUUGCACUUCGGCUUCCUGGUAUUGGACUUUAUGGUCCUAUUCCAGACAAUACCAUAGGAAGACUGGAUGCACUAACAACCCUCAGCCUUCAUUCCAAUGCCCUCACUGGAAAUCUUCCUUCAGACAUCACCUCUAUUCCGUCCCUCCAUUUCAUAUUUAUACAACAAAACAAAUUUUCUGGUGAAAUACCUUCUUCUCUAUCUCUACAGCUUAACUUCAUUGAUCUCUCUUUCAACUCCUUCUCAGGGGAAAUUCCAACAACAAUUCAAAAUCUGACACAUCUUACUGGUUUAAACCUACAAAACAACUCCCUCACAGGAUCCAUUCCUAAUGUAAACCUACCAAGGCUUAUGCAAUUGAAUAUGAGUAAUAAUGAACUCAAUGGUUCAAUUCCACCAUCCCUUGCAAAGUUUUCUGCUUCUUCAUUUCAAGGAAAUUCUCUAUUAUGUGGACAACCCUUGACUCAAUGCCCUUCUUUUGCGCCUUCACCGUCUCCAUUCCCUUCAAUUCCACCUUCUCCUUUGAGUCUAACACCACCAUCUCGUUCUCCGAGCGUCCUGCCAGCCUCACCAACAAUUCCUGAAAACCAUAAAGGCAAGAAAAGCUUGAGUACACGGGUUAUCAUUGGCAUUGUUGCAGGAGGUGUUGGAGGGAUCCUAUGUCUAGCUGUGUUGAUUUUCUUGUGUUGUAUGAAGCAAUAUUAUACUAAGAGAGGUGUACAGCAAAGAAAAGACUUUAAUGGAGGAGGAAGUCCGAAGCAAACAGAGGACUUCAGUAGUGGAGUACAAGCAGCUGAAAAGAACAAAUUGGUUUUCUUUGAGGGUUGUUCUUUCAAUUUUGACCUUGAAGAUUUGUUGAGAGCCUCAGCUGAGGUUUUGGGUAAAGGGAGCUAUGGAACAACCUACAAGGCCAUCUUGGAGGAGGGAACGACUGUUGUUGUGAAACGGCUGAAGGAAGUUGUUGUUGGGAAACGAGAGUUUGACCAACAGAUGGAGACAAUUGGCACUGUGGAUCAGCAUCGAAAUGUUGUUGCUCUUCGUGCUUAUUACUUUUCCAAAGAUGAAAAACUUCUUGUCUAUGAUCAUGUACCGGCAGGCAGUUUAUCCACUCGAAUGCAUGGCAACAAGGACUUGGGAAGAACACUGGAUUGGGAAUCUAGAUUGAGGAUUGCCCAUGGAGCUGCAAGUGGUAUUGCCCAUAUCCAUGCUGUUUCUGGUGGCAAAUUAAUUCAUGGAAAUAUCAAGUCAUCCAAUGUGCUUCUCACCCACGAUAAUAAUGGAUGCAUCUCAGAUGUUGGUCUUAUACCUUUAAUGGGUUUUCCUACUAUCCCAUCAAGGAGUGCAGGAUAUAGAGCACCCGAGGUGAUAGAGACCAAGAAAUGCACUCAGAAAUCCGAUGUUUACAGCUUUGGUGUUCUGCUUCUUGAGCUCCUUACUGGGAAAGCACCAGUGCAGCCACCUGGCCAUGAUGAGGUGGUAGACUUACCAAGAUGGGUGCAGUCUGUUGUGAGGGAGGAAUGGACUGCUGAGGUAUUUGAUGCUGAGCUCAUCAAGUUUCAAAAUAUCGAAGACGAAAUGGUGCAGAUGCUGCAGAUUGCAAUGACUUGUGUGGCAAACGUGCCUGAAACAAGGCCUGACAUGAGUCAAGUUGUCCAGAUGAUCGAAGAUAUCCAACAAAUUGAUUCUGGAAACAGGCCAUCAUCUGAAGAUAACAAGUCUAGGAGCCCAACUAGUCCAACGCCAUGAUAACUCAUGCAUUUCUUACUACUCAAUUCUAUUACCAAAUGUGUAUUUGAACGUCUUUUCUUGUUUUUAAGUAUAAUUCAGACCUUUUAGAUACUAUCAUUCUU